GCAUUAACUUUUUCAACGAAGACAACCGCCGAAAUAAUGAGAGGCUACCCCUGGAUUAAACAUCCAAGAUUUCUGACUGCAACCAUGAAUGUGAUCAAUGGCUUAACUAUUGAGCGCAAUACUUGCCGCAAUCUAACAAAAUAUUGGCGGCGAAUUCUGGAGGAGGGCAAAAAAAAGGACUCCAAUAGAGAGGUGCUAAACCAAUUAGAGGAGCAGCUUGAUAAGGAGACAUCCGCAGAGUCUCGGGCAUCAAUGAAGAUCAAUGCUGCAUUGAUGAUGCUGCCAUCAUUAUUUCAUGAAAGUAGGGAAAUUUUGAUGGUUCAGGAUAAGGAUCCAAAGAAGCCGCAUCCGGUGAUUGUGUUUGAGGGUGGUGUUUUCAAGCCAAUGAGGGCUUGCAUAAGAAUGGAUAGCUUGGAAGUAACCGAGGACUGUGAGGACCUAGAUAUCGUGAAAGGUCGACCAUGCCUCAUGGCACUGUAUUACCUUUUUGACAUUCAAUACCCAAUGAAAUGCAACACUCUCAAGUUUAUUCAGUUUUAUAUCUGUGAGAUACCAAGGAAAUCGAACGAAAAGGUGCCGACUUCAGUGAAGAGGGCUCAAAUGAUGCUUUCAUCAUAAAUAACUUCAUUAGGAAAUCACGUAGGAGGGAGGUUCUUUAAAACCUCUAUGGCACCAUUUAAACGCUGUCUUUCAGCUAAACUGGUGAGCUUAUGUCGUCUGGUCUUGUCCAUUGUCUGUCAACUAUGAUGGUAUGUUUGCUCGCCGUUGAGAAACUAUGACUUAUGCUCGGCCACAGCGGGGGCACUAUGUGAGAAAUGUACUUUUAGCUAUAUCACUCGCAUGAAUGCUGCUAACUACAUGUGUAAAACCCUGGGUAAUGAGUAGGACCACCUCACUGUGGAUACUAGUAGUCUUUGAUCUACUUUUGAAGAUUACUGAAACAUAACAUAAUACGUAUGUUAUUCCAGUCCAAUGGUGUACUUCGGCAAUUUUGCUCAUCAGCCAGAUACGCCUCGUUUUCUCACUUACUACUUUCAACUAUAUAAUUUGACCUACUUUUCAAGGUCACAGAGGUCAAAAAG